UGUCUAAUUUGAGCGAUAAGACAUUAAUCUUGGUAUAAUAGCUGUGAUUAAGAAUCCACAGAGCAGUCACCCAUCAUGUUUCGAGUAGGCUUAGUGCUAAUAGUUGCUCUCAGUGUAGACUGCACAUCUCCAAUAAGAAGAGAAUUGUGGAAUGAACAAAUAGACUUAAUCAUCAGCUUAUUUGGUACAGCCGCUAAAGAAAAAAAUUCAAAUUUGGUGUUCCUCAGAGUGCCCAAUCUAACAGCAGCGAACACGUCUUUGUCAGUUGUGAAGUUGGGAUUGAUGUGGUCAUUGAAAAGAGAUUCCGAUGUAUUCAUGGAUAUCUUGAAUGAAGGUGAAAUGAGAUUAUCCGGGCGGUUUACAUUGACACAUUUUAAAGUUAUUGUAAAGAAACUGAAGUACAAUUCAUACAAUGGUCCAGCAAAUUUGACAGCUGCCAAAAACAGCAUGGAUAUUUCUUAUAAAAUCAAAAACGCACAUAAACCUCGUCAAUGCAAAACGGAAUGGGAAGUAUUCAAACUGAAUCAUUUCACAGGAUUAAUGUUGCUUUCAAAAGAUAUGCAUUACAAAAGUGUUGACAUCACUGAAGAGGUCAAUGCAAAAUUUAUUCCUGAAAUCAAUGCAUUUUUUAAAACGUUUUCUUUCAAAAAGUAUUUAAAUAGUUACAUGAACUUCUGCUUUUCUGAAUUUUUUAACUGAAAAUUCACAAGUUUUUCUCACAAAGUUUGAAUUAUAAUGAAUGUAGUUUUGUAUUAUACCAACUAAAAAUAAAUUUACAUUUUUAUUUUUCGUUAAAUAUGUUUACUUUUUUUUAAAAAUUUUUUUGUUAAAUAUCACAGUUUACAUUUUACACCCUAUGGUUUAACUGUCAAGUAGUAAAGAAUUGCACUAAUUCGCAAAUUAUCCAAUACUAAAUAGAUUGUAGAGAAUUCUGUAAAAGUUAAAGUUCUAAAGAUAGCUUUGUGACUAACAAACAAAUGGUAAAUAAUAAGAAUUGUGUACAAAUUAAUGUAAACACGAUUAAAGAUAAAACACUGUUCUAUUGUAAAACUUAUCAGAUGGAUAAAUCACAUUCCUCAUUUUUUAUUGGAAUUGAAAUAAUUAAUUUUUUAUCAUAUGAAUAAAAAUUGUGGCAUAAUACUUCAUAAUUUGAUAUAGGAAGUUAUUUACCCGCAAAACAAAAAAUUUAAUGAUCCAAAUUCUUGUAAUAUUCAAUAUCAAACAGUAGUGAAU